AUCGCCUCCUCAUCACCUGGGUCGUCGCCCUUCGCCUCCGCUUUGCCUGGGUCGUCACCCAUCGCCUCCUCAUCACCUGGGUCGUCGCCCAUCGCCUCCUCAUCACCUGGGUCGUCGCCCUUCGCCUCCGCUUUGCCUGGGUCGUCGCCCUUCGCCUCCGCUUUGCCUGGGUCGUCGCCCUUCGCCUCCGCUUCGCCUGGGUCGUCGCCCAUCGCCUCCUCAUCACCUGGGUCAUCGCCCAUUGCCUCCUCAUCACCUGGGUCAUCGCCCAUUGCCUCCUCAUCACCUAGGUCAUCGCCCUUCGCCUCCACUUCGCCUCUGUUGCCUGUGUUCGCCAUCACUGACGUUCUGGCUCCGGCAAACUCCGCUGACUCUUGGUCUGCUCCAGUCUCCUCCUUUGGCUCUUCAUCUGCUCCCGCCU